UGUAGACGUGAAGAGUGCAGAGGAAAAAACUAGUGUGGAGAUAAAUGAGGCGCCCGUAGUUUCCCAGACUAGUGCAGAUCAGCAAGAGAACGAGGCGAAAACACCGCCACCUGAACCGGAUAUUGUACAAGACAAGGCAGAGGUUGCAUUUGGUAUUGAUGAAGAGCCAUCGGGUUCUCUCCUCAAGGCAUAUCAUCUGAAGGAUGAGGCCGAUGAAAGCAUUGAAAUUACUAAUAGGGAGGGUGGUAAUGAAUACAAUAACUUUCCUAAUGAAAAAGAGGCUCCCUGAUGCAAUCGAAGCGCUAAAUGAUGCGUACAUAUCUAAAGAUGGAAAGUUAGUUCUCGACUUCUUACAAGCCAUUCAUACUGCUGAGAAAAGGCAAGCAGAGUUAGAUGCUCGUGUUUUUUCAGAAGAAAAGAGAAUGUUAAAGGAGAAGUAUGAAAAGAAACUAAAGGAUGCUGCGGCCAGGGAACUGAUGCUUGCAGAAGAGGCAGCAAUGCUAGACAAGGAAUUAAAUAGAGAGAGGGUAAAAGCAGCUGCUGCACUCAAGUCGCUUCAAGAAAAGCUUGAAGAGAAAUAUAAGACAGAACUUGAGCACAAGGAAAGUGAAGCUGAAAUGAAGUUAAAAAAGGUUGAGGAAUUAGCAAAAGCGGAACUGGCAGCAACAAUUGCAAGAGAGAAGGCAUCCCAAAUUGAGAAAAUGGCAGAAGCAAACCUUCAUAUAAAUGCCUUGUGUGUGGCAUUCUAUGCAAGAUCUGAAGAAGCUCGUCAGACUCACUCUGCUCACAAAUUUGCUUUGGGAGCACUUGCACUAGAUGAUGCACUUUCAAAAGGAUUGCCAAUUGAAAGAGAAAUAGAGGCUUUGCACACUUACCUUGAAGGCAUUGAUAAAGAUUCAAUCUUGGAUGUGGUCCUAUCAUCUCUUCCUGAAGAAACACGAAGGAAUGGCACAGAUACCUUAUUGCAAUUGAAUCAGAAGUUUGAUGCCUUGAAAGGUACAGUACGGCACCUCAGUUUAAUCCCUCUUGGUGGUGGUGGCAUUUUGGCACAUUCCUUGGCACACAUUGCAUCCUGGUUGAAGGUGAAGGAAGUUGACCACUCAGGGGACGGAAUUGAGUCCAUCAUCAACAAAGUGGAGCACUACCUUGCUGAAGGAAAGAUAGCCGAAGCAGCAGAGGCACUUGAAGAAGGAGUGAAAGGCACCCAAGCAAUGGAAGUAGUGAGUGAAUGGGUGAAGCGUGCUAGGAAUAGGGCUAUCACAGACCAAGCUCUAACGCUUCUCCAAUCAUAUGCUACUUCUAUCAGCGUUACAUAAAGUCCAUUUCUUGACUACACAUACCGAGCCUACCAUGUUAAAAUGGAGGGGCUAACACUUUGAGAGAUUUGUAAAAUGCCAUUCGAUCUAGUGUUGUAGUUCUCCAUAAUUGUUUAAACAAGCGAAUCAUCCAGUUCAAUGUGUUACCAGCAGAAAGAGUGAAAAUGUCAGUUCUUUUUCAUGCAGGGUCACUGCCAUGGGAAGUUUCCGGAUCGUCCCCUUGAGUGGCAUUUUGUUUCAGUUGCUACCAAGUUUUGCAUAGUCAGUGCGUCAGGACAUUCUUGAAACAGAAGCGACCAAGUGUGUGCACAAGAUGAAUAAAUGAAAUUGUUCUCUUUUUGAGUAACUAUGCUAUUUGAACACCAUCAUGUGUUAGGGGUUCCUGUUAAGUUCGCUAUUAAUUUUUAUAUACUAAAUUGUUUGCUAUUUGGUAUAACUAAGAAUUGUUUGAUAAUCAUUUUAUUUUCA